AUGGCCGAUGACAUCAAACUAAAGAAAAAGCUUAACAAGAAAACUAAAACUUUUGAUCUGUUAGAUAUAACAGAAUCCCUUGGUUAUCAAAUCCAUAGAAAGUCCGGUAGAAAUUCAUGGUCUAAAGAGGAAGAUGAUGCCUUGAAAGAACUAGUCAAUGAUGAAAUUAUAAAAUUGAAUCAUCCCAACGGUAUAGCGGACAUUACUACCAUUCAAGAGUCAUGUGAGAUAGCAAGGAAGAUUUCUUGGGAUUCCCUACUGUUGAAAUUUUGUAAUAAUUUAAGAACGGCAAAGGAUUUGAAGAAAAGAUGGACUGGUUCAUUGGAUCCAAAUUUAAAGAAGGGUAAAUGGACACCGGAGGAAGAUCAAUUACUUACAAAGGCUUAUGAGAAACAUGGUCCACAUUGGCUUAGUAUAUCUAUGCAUAUAGCCGGGAGAACGGAAGAUCAAUGUGCAAAGAGAUACAUUGAAGUCUUGGGACCUAGUAGUAAGGGAAGAUUGAGAGAGUGGACCAUAGAGGAGGAUUUAGCAUUAAUAAGCAAAGUGAAGAAAUAUGGUACUAAAUGGAGAAAGAUUUCAUCAGAAAUGGAAUUUAGACCAAGUUUAACUUGUAGAAACAGAUGGAGAAAAAUUAUCACUCUAGUCGUACGUGGUCAAGCAUUACCGGAAAUUACAGAAGCAGUGAAGGAAAAUAAAGAUAUUGAUCUAUCUCACAUUGCAGGAGGUCAGAAUUCGAAAAAGGAGGACCCCGACAAAGUUAAGAAUGAGCAUGGACAAUCUACAUUAUUUGACAUUAAGAAACUGCCGCCAAUCACCGAUCUGGCGUCAACACAGGGAAGAUUUGAUAAUAUUAACCAACAUCAUACAAGCAGUAGUAGAACUCCAAUAACAACGUCUACUGAUGCCCUAGCAACUUUGGCAGAAACAGUGGAAAAGGAUUUUGAGAAUAAUCGUGUUGAAGAAAACUCAGAAACUCAUGUAAAUCAAUAUUCACCUAAAAGUGAACUAAAUACCAACACAGAAAUGCAGUGGAAAUUUACUCUUAAGGACGGUCAAGGUUUAUCCAUAUCAAAUGGUUCAAUUGAUAAUUCUGAAUUAGUUAAAGAAUUAAUUGAGCAGGCUAAAAAAUAUUCAUUAAAAAUUUCCAUUCAUCAACAUAUUCAUAAUCAUUAUGGGUCACAAAUGGACCCAACAAAUAACAUUAACACAAUCAAGGGAAAUAAAUCAUAUCCAAAUUUACAACAAACAGGUUCCCUAGCUUUUGGAAAUUCAGGUCCUACAUCUCAUGCCUCGUUUGAUAACCGAAUAUCGUAUGAUCAAAUGGAAACCGGAUUUUUAUCAAAGAGCCCCAGUUAUCCUGGAUUUAGAUUGGAAGCAUCACCACAACCAAUACUAUCUCCACAUAUGUACUACUCUCAACAAAAUCAUCAACAAACGCUGGAAGCGAGAACAAGUGAAAUGGUUGGACGAGAUACAACUGCAACAACCACAACAGAUCCAAGCAAUACACCAGCUCUGUUGACUGCUGUGAACGGUAGCACCACCGCCGCUAUGAAUAAUACCAAUAUGGGCAAUAAUAAUAAUGAUGGAAUUACACCAAGUUCAACAAGAUCGCAGAGUACACCUGGGAGCGAAUUACCUGAUGUGGGGCCCAAUAGAAUUUCCCAUUUCAACUAUUUACCUCCCACUUUGAAGCCACAAUUGGGAUCAUCAGAAACGCCAAGAAAUGCCGACUUGAGCAAGUUAUUAAAUCCAAGCCCAAGUUCAAAUAAUGGCGCAGUUGAUGGUAGAAGGAAAAGAAAGAAAAGAAGGCGGAAUGAACGUACGGGUACUCCUGGUUCAUCAGCAUAUAGCAGUGGGACAUCCAAUCCUGGCACUUUCAAUUCGGAAAAUAUUGUUUCACCAGGGAAAUCAUCUCAUCCUUCAGUACCUGAAUCAUCCAAAAGAGGAAGCCCCUCGACCAUAGAGGAAGAUGGCCUUGAUUUCUGGGAAAGCUUAAGAUCGCUUGCUGGUGUCCCCACUCCUAACGUUAUGCCCAAUCACGAACAUCACUUCUCAGAAGAUCUUGACAUUAAGAUUAAUGAAGAUUUAAACGUUGCUCCAGGUGAUAAUGUUGCUGACACUAAGGAUAAAAUAGGGGGAUCUGACUAUGAACUUUUCAACUCGCUGAUAGAAAAAGCUGAAACAUCUGAAGAAUCAGAUUGUAAAAAUGAUAAACAGGGAUCUGAAAGCAUUGAUGCCGUCCCAUCCAAUCCAAGUUAA